UUGUCUGAGCUCUCGUCUGUGCAGCAAAGCGACAAACCUGGACUAUUUACAACAAGUAAACGCUCUACAUGCGGUGUUUGCCGUUUCUAAACCAAGCGAUUGGAUUACACGAAGGGGAACUAUAAAAUAAGAUCAGAGGUAAGAGGGUCACAGAGAAAGGAUGCCUUUACCAAAGGGAAAGAAAGCCACAGUCACCGCUGGGAGCAAGAUACCCAAGCUAAAUGCAGCAACGACAGAAAACCAGGAGGAAGGCCUGCAGGUGAAAAGGUCCUCCUCCCCUCCUCACGGAGCUCCCAAGAAGAGGACUGCUUUUAUCGACAUCACCAAUGCUCAUAAGGUUCAGAUCAGUCUUCCAGGGAGGAAGAAAGAAGCAGCGAAGAAUACGGUGAAGAAAACGAGCUCCACCUCCGUUCCUGUGAAGAAACAAGGCAACUUGAAAAAGUCUUCCUCUGUGAGCUCAGAGGGAACAACUGCUGCAGAGGAGGAGAAACCCUGUGAGGAGGAGGCACAGAGGGAUGUAGCAGCUCCAGUAGAAGAGCUGGUAACUGCUACGUCCCCUGCUGUCCGUGAAGUGCCAGCACACCUCCAGAGACAACAGAUCCCAGAGGAAUUUGACAUUGACUCUGAGAACUCUGAAGACAGUUACAUGUGUCCAGAGUAUGCAAAGGACAUCUUUGACUACCUCAAACAGAGAGAGGAGAAGUUUGUCCUCUGUAACUACAUGCAGAAGCAGCCCAGCCUCAACCCAGAAAUGAGGGCGAUCCUAAUCGACUGGUUGGUCGAAGUACAGGAGAACUUCGAGCUGUACCAUGAGACCCUCUACCUGGCCGUGAAGAUGACAGACCACUACCUGUCCCAGACUCCCGUGCACAGGGAGAUGCUGCAGCUCGUGGGCUCCACCGCUAUGCUCAUAGCCUCCAAGUUUGAGGAGCGCAGCCCGCCAUGCGUCGACGACUUCUUGUAUAUUUGUGAUGAUGCGUACAAGAGGGAGGAGCUUAUCUCCAUGGAAGCCAGCAUCCUGCAGACGCUGUCCUUUGACAUCAACAUUCCCAUUCCCUACCGGUUCCUCAGACGCUAUGCCAAGUGUGUGAACGCGAGCAUGGACACGCUGACUCUGGCUCGGUACUACUGCGAGAUGAGUCUCAUGGAGAUGGACCUGGUCCCAGAGAGGGGUUCUCUGCUGGCCUCGGCCUGCCUGCUGAUGGCGCUGGUCACCAAAGACCUGGGAGGAUGGUCUCCCAUCCUGCAGUUCCACUCCGGAUACCAGACGGCAGAUUUGGCGCCGGUUGUCAGAAAAAUUUACUCAAUGCUUUUAGCUCCUCCUGAUGAUAAACUCAGAGCCAUCAGGAACAAAUACUCACACAAAGUGUUUUUUGAAGUUGCAUCCCUGCCACUGGUCAGCAUGGAUGUUUUGGAGAAAGCCUUACUUCAGUGAGACGUCAAAAAAAUAAAAUAAAAUCUUGCCAGUCUAAAUGGAGUGAGAAUAUUUAAAAAAACAGUUUCUGACAAAACGUGUAAAUAGUUUGUUAAUAUGUUUAAUAUUUAUACACGUAGUCUAGUCUCUCUUUUAUAUAAUAUUGGAAAUAAAUGUUUAAUUCCCGUUUUUGGUGGAAAAGAGUUUUAACGUGGGGCAUUUGUUAAGAAGUUUGCCGGUGUUAUUAUGUUUGUGCCAGGUUGUUAAUAAUGACUUUUUAAUGGUACAUUUGAGUACAAAACUUUUUGGCAUUCAUUUUUAUAACUUUUUAUAAGAUAAAACAAAAAUUUGAAUUCAUUAGUAACUUGUAAGCCUUCUCUCUGCGUCUGUGUAAAUGUAGUACAGAAUUUAAAGUGUAUGUUUUAAGCUAAUGGUAGGAUGGAGAAGUUGGCACAUGCUUACUUUUACUGAUGAAUUACACACGGACCCACACAGGUUUUCAUAUAUUGCUUGUUAACACUUAUGCAUGUGUGUAUUUCUAUAGGUUGUACAGUGUUUAUCAUGUUAAUAUCACUAUUCUAAUUAUUUGUAUAAAAGAUGACCGGAUGAUGCUGUGCUAUUUUUAAAUGGCUGUCCUGCAUACUCUCAAAAUAAAUGUUUUUUUUUAUAUGUUUG